GACCCUCCUCAGCACCAUCAGCACCGUCAUCUUCAUGGCUUUCCUACCGAGACCUAACUGAUGAUGGAUCUAUUCCGCAGAGGAGAGCUAGGGCUUCUGGGAGGAGGAGGAGAGGGGCUGAGAGAUGAUGUGGGCGUUCCUGGGAUCAGCUGGUCGGCAAAUCGGCUGCCAGAUGACAUGUACCCGGCAUCGGGAUUGGCCCUGGCCGCCGCCUACCAUGACAUCAAGACACGGCUGGCGAGUCUGGAGAGAGAGAACAGCAGUAUCAAGAGGAAGCUCAAACAUUACGAGGUCAAGUUUCCGAUGAUCAGUGAAUUUGGAGAGGAGAGGAUAUUGUGCUGCUCCUGUGAACCCAUCAUCAAGGACACCAGUGUGAUCCAAUCAGAGACCACCAACCUACAGCAGAGGAUCAACUCCCUCACUCAGGAGCUCCAGAAGAGUAAGGAACGAGAGGAGAGGCUAGAGGAGGUCAUACAGGCUUAUGAGAAGAUUCACAUGGAGAAAAGUAAUGUCCAGAGAGACCUAGACAAGAUGACGACUCUGGCAGAACAGCAUGUGGAGCGGAUCUGCAGCCUGGAGUCGGCUCUCAGGCAGAGAGAAAGUUCCCUUCAGAAACUCAGCGCUCAACUCCGCAGCAAAGACGCACAUCAGUCUCAACUGCACGCCAGCCUGGACGUACCCAGAGAGGGCCGCGGGCCGACGCUGCAGAGUUCCCGCAGUCUGGAUGCCCUGUCAGACCUGAAGCUGCAGCGCCUGGAGGCCGAGCUGGAGGGGGCCCGGCAGCAGGCCGAAGGAGCCUGUCAGAGGGAGAAGGAGCUGAGGGCCGAGUUUCAGAGGCUGCAGCAGGAGGUGGCACAGCUACAGGAGGCACAGAGACAGUCCCAGGAGCUGUCCUCACACUGUGAGCACUGUAACGUGGAGUGGAUAAAGAAAGCUGGGGACGAACAGGUGAACCUGGCAUUAGCCUACACUGAGCUGACUGAGGAGUUGGGUCGUGUUCGCAAUCUGGCUGUGAAACAGAGUGACCUUCUGCGACAAGUCUCGCAGGAGCCUGUCUCUCGUCCUACUCCUGCACCUCAGCGUCUCUCCCCCACCUCCCCCCAGCACCCCUCACUCUCUCCUGACAGGCUUCUCCCCACCCCCUCUCCUCCUCUGUCUCCAAGCGACGGCCCCGCUUCCUACUCCCAUCAGCCAACCUGCAGCCGUCUACGAGCAAAGUUCCAGGGUCGCCGAAGUUACUCAGAGGUAUCUGACCCGUCAGGCCUCCACAGGCCUCCGGCUCGGCUGAUGAGAGAUUCAGUAUCCACCCUCCCUAAGCCCAGGCCUCUCCUGGGGGAGAUGCAGGGUUACGGCCAAACCAAACCUCAGCUCCGUACCUCCUUGGUGGGCCUGGUCAGACCGGCCUCGGCUCAUGGAGCUGGAGGGGAGAGAGGAGGAGGUGGGGGAGGAGAGAGAGGUGGUGGGAGCAGUCUGAGCAGCAGUCCGCAUCAGUCGGCUCUGGAUCUGGGCUUCCCUCUGACCCCUGAGGUACAUCACUUCCGUCGCCUUGACAACCCACCUGAGCCCACCCCACUGGUGACGCCACCACAGUCCUCUGAUGACGAAGAGGAUGUAUGUACAUAUCUGUCGCCGGCUGCCAGCCCGCCUCGGACGCUUGGCGCAGUUGGGAUUGGCUCAUCGUCGCCAAGGGAACAGCCCCUGCACCCCUCUUUCCCGUCUCCUAGGAAACAGCCCCACCAUCCCUCUUUCUCAUCCCCCGAGGGCCCAACCACCCUCUCCUGCCAUCUGCCUCCCUACAUGAACACUGAGCAUGCUCAGUCAUGGCCCUCCAUUAACUUAUGGAUGGAGUCAGAAGAGAGCGCUGUUCGGAGCUGCCCUCUGUGUCAGCUGACCUUCCCGACCGGUUACCCCGACGACGCCCUUAUCAAACAUAUCGACUCCCACUUGGAGAACAGCAAGAUCUGACUAUUUUAUCAAGCACUUUACACCCAUCACCUGAGACAGACACCAGAUCGUCUCAAUUCUUUUCUGUUUAGGCUUUGUCCAGGAAUGAUUUGAUGAGCCCGCAUGCUUCUUUCUAUGGAACCUGCCCAUUACAGCCACAGUCUUCUGGUACAGGAGGUACAGGCCUUGCUCAAGGGGCACUUCCCUCUGCCCUUCCAUCCGGAUUGUGGAAUCUAACCAGCGACAUUUCUGUUAAAGAACAAGAUUGCUUUUUUUAGACUCAAUGCUAAGAGUUCAACAUUCCAUUUCCAGGUUGUAUAUUUCUUAAUUUAUGUUCACUAUGGGCAUAUGUACAUUUCCUAACAUCACAAAGCUCCAUAUCUGAAUUUCUUUUUUCCUUCCACAACAAAACUAUACAAAGAGACCUGAGUGCUAAAGGAAAAGCAGGUUACAGAUAGGAUACAUGUCAUUUUUAACAUCAUGUAUGCUGGUCUGAGAACAGCCCUGGACGUCAGAAGCAGUAUUCAAAAACAUCUGACACAUGCAAUGUCAGGAGCAUCUAUUUUUCAUUGUCCCUUCAAGCAACAAACCACCUAGAUGUAAUUGCUCUCAUGUGGGAUUCUGAAGGAUCAAAGUGAUUAUUUUCAAGUAUUUCCAGACCUGCAAUAAACUAUAGUGAGGUAAAAUGAUUCAGAAGUUUGAUAACAGUCAGAAUAAUCUGCAGAGGCAGCCUGAUUUAGUUUUGUUUGGAUGUGAUGAUAAGAUGAACACUAUAUGGUCUAAUAGCUAGUUCCUAAAUAUAUGACACAGGCACCAUAUAUGGUUGAAAGGAUCAUUUAAAGGAUACAGCAAACAAGUCAGGACAGUGAUGAGAGUGAAACAG